AUGCACCUUCGAUCCCUGGUGCUCAGCGGCCUCGUGGCUGCGGUGGCUGCCAAAUCAGCUGUCUUGGACCUGAUCCCGAGCAACUUUGACGAGGUGGUGCACAAGAGCGGCAAGGCGACGCUGGUCGAGUUCUUUGCGCCGUGGUGCGGGCACUGCAAGAACCUGGCCCCUGUGUACGAGGAGUUGGCCUUCGCUUUCGAACAUGCCUCGGACAAGGUGCAGAUCGCCAAGGUGGAUGCGGACGCGGAGAAGUCGCUAGGCAAGCGGUAUGGUGUACAAGGUUUUCCCACCCUCAAGUGGUUCGACGGCAAGAGCGAUAAGCCUGAGGAGUACCAGGGCGGCCGGGACCUCGAGAGCCUGUCUAACUUUAUCGCGGAGAAGACGGGCGUGAAGCUAAGGAAGAAGUGGACGCCUCCUUCCGCGGUGGAGAUGCUCAACGACCAGACACUUAACAAGGCCGUGGGCAAGGAUAAACACGUUCUCGUCGCCUUCACUGCUCCUUGGUGUGGCCGUAUGUUUUACUCCCCAUCCCUACCUUUGCUCUUUCCGUUCGCACAAGUUUCACUAACUCUCGAUCCUCUCGUUCCAGACUGCAAGACUCUCGCUCCCACAUGGGAAGCCCUCGCUAUCUCCUUCGCUCCCGAAUCGGACGUACUCAUCGCUAAGGUAGACUGCGACUCGGAGGGCUCCAAGGCUGCCUGCGCGCAGGAGGGUGUCACCGGCUUCCCUACCAUCAAGUUCUUCCCCAAGGGUUCGACCGAGUCGGCCAUCUACAAUGGAGGCCGCGCAGAGAAGGACCUCGCCAAGUACAUCAACAAGAAGGCGGGUACGCACCGCGUAGAGGGUGGUGGUCUUGAUGACGCCGCUGGAACCGUUGAGGCCCUCGACGUCAUCGCCGCCCGCUUCGUCUCUGAGGGCGCGGCUAAGCUUGCCGACCUUGUGGCCGAGGCUAAGAAGCAGGCAGGUAGCCUCGCCGAGGAGGCCCAGGCAAAGUCGGCUGCCUACUACCUCCGCGUGCUCGAGAAGCUCGGCAAGAGCGCCGAGUACGUCGAGAAGGAGUCGGCCCGUCUUGCCGGUAUGCUGAAGAAGGGAGGCCUCGCUGACACUAAGCGCGACGAGCUGCAGACCAAGCUCAACAUUCUUGGACGCUUCAAGAAGGGCGAGAAGGAGGCUGAGGCAGCCGACCCUAACGUCAAGGAUGAGUUGUAA